AUGUCUUUUGCGCCUCAAUUCACACCUAUUGCGGCCCCAGACGAGCCAUAUCCCAAUGGCCCUGCUCUCCUCAGUCCUGCCAUUAUCUGUGUCUCAACUUGCUAUCCUCUUGCUUAUCUUGAUAGCGCGCCGGUUUUAUCAGAGGCUAUCACGCACGAAAACGUUCAUUGUCUCAAGAUGGACCUGAUGUGGCUCUGGGCGGUUAUGCUUCCGACAGCACCAUCAACAUUUCGACGACUUCCACCCCGCCUAGGCGGUCAUUUAGGCGUACAACGGCCUUCCUCAGCUAUCAAGGAGGCUCUGCUUGUUGCCAGCGAUGGUAUUAGAGGCAAGGCCGGCGGGCGUCAUCCUACUCUGAUGUAUGAACCAAACGUCCCAAACGGUAAAUACGAGCAGCUGGUGGACGACGCCCUGAAGAAGCUGCCACUGAAGCGCCGCGAGGUCGAACGAUUGUCUAGAAGUGAUAAAGAUUGCGACGAAGAACUCGGAAGCCGCCACUGCUUGAUAGAGUAUCACGAUACGAAUGAGACAACAUAA